UAAAUUAUAACGUGCUCGCAGUUUAAGUGUGAAAAUAGUAACGUAAUGUUUUAAAGAAAAUAUUGGUUUGAGUAACAGUUUUUAUUUCCUAAAUUUGGAGUGAUUUUAAAAGUUUAUCCUUAAUUCAAGAAAUUUAACAUGUCUAUGUUAGCUGAAAGAAAGCGAAAACAAAAAUGGUGUUUAAAUCCAAGAGGAAAAGAUUGGUCAGAAGAUUCCAAUAAAUUUGGUCAGAAAUUGCUAGAAAAAAUGGGUUGGAGCAAAGGAAAAGGUUUGGGCGCAAACGAAGAUGGAAUCACCGAACAUGUUAAAGUCUCGUUCAAACAUGAUAGUAAAGGAAUGGGUUUUAAGGAAGAUCAAGAUCCCUGGACAGAAAACGAAGUAGGUUUUGCAAAUUUACUAAAGAACCUGUCAACACAAAAUACAAACAGUCUUAAAUUGGGAUCGGAUGGUGGAUCAGAUAAUUCUGAAUGUGCGGAUGUGUUAAAUAUACAAUCGUUAGAAAAUAAAUCGAAAUCAUCACGAGCGAGAGUUCAUUAUCGAAAGUUCACGCGUGGUAAAGAUUUAUCACGAUAUUCUGCAAAAGAUUUAGCUCAGAUAUUUGGAAAAUCUUCAUUGGAUAUUGAAACAUCCACUACAGCGACGUCAACUCUUCGAGCAAUUAAAUCUGACGAAAAUCAAGUGACAUCUACAACAAAUUUUGGAGAACAGGGUGAAGAGUCGUAUAACGAGAACCUCACCGUUUCCGACACAAAUAUGACGGAAUAUUUUUUAAGAAAAAUGAAUGGCAAAAAUACUAAAGUGGAAACAGUAACAUCAUCUCAUGCUGAUGAAGAAAAUCAUUUACCAGAAAUUGACACAACUGUGCCACCAACGGAUACGAUUACUACUACGUACGAAAAACCAGCUAAAGCCUCUAAAAAGAAAAAGAAGAAAUCACAUGCUGUUAACGAAAUUUACGAGAGUCAGAAACCUGACUCUUCUCAACCGGAGGCGGUCAUCAAACUGAAAAGGAUAGAUUGUUCUCCAAACAUUAAACCAGAAUAUGUAGCAGAAAAGGAUGCUUCACCAAAAGAGGUCAAAUUGGAAAACGGUGAUGAUAGUAAAACAACAAUUCCUAAUAAAUUUCAACCAUACGUCGAAUUAGAAAAAAUAGACUAUUAUGUGGAGACGAAGAAUGAUUGUAAAAAGAAAAAGAAACACCAUGAUGAAAACUCUCUUAAAAUAAAACUUAAGAAAAAGCACACGUAUGAUAAUCCUGCGUUAAACAUCAACGAUACUAGCAACGACAUUGAAAAUAAUAAUGUGAACGAAGUCGAGCGAAAAAUAAAAAAGAAGAAAAAGAAGAAGGGAAUUGAAAAUCCAGCAUUGGAAUUAAGUAACUCCGAUGAAUCCGCGACACCAAAGAAAAAGAAACGUAAAACAACGUUCAUAUCGUAUAUGAAUUCAAAUGCAGAAAAUACAUUGACAGUUAAAAGUGUGCCAAAGAAACGUAAGCGAUCUCACUUAACCGAAGAUUUAGGAUAUGAAUUAACUCACGAUGCGACAAAACAUAGCAAACGUUCCAUGGAUAAUCCGACCGAAAACACACUGACAGUAAAGAGUAUACCAAAAAAACGUACACGGUCGCACUCAACCGAUGAGUUAGGUUAUGACAACCCAGCAUUUACUCACAUUUCCAAAAAACGCAGCAAACUUACCAUGGAUAAUGAAUCUGGUUACGAUAAUCCCGCGUUUUCACAAAAUAACACAACAGAAUUCGAAGGAAUUACUACACCGAACUCAAAACAAGGUAUCUGUAAUUUUGGAUGCGAAGACUACGAAGAUUUGCCAAUUGCAUUCAGUGAAGUGAAAAAAACCGGCAUGGUACAUGUCGAAUACAAGAAAAUGCCAAAUAAUAGUACACCAAAAAGCGCGCUCAAGAAAAAAACGUUCGAUCACGUAAUAGUUCGACCACGAAAAUCCGUGCAAAUAAACGAAUCGAUCAACGAGGAGAAGUAUAUUACAGAUGAUUCAGAAAACGAGGGUGAUGAAGACGAUGAAGAAAACACUUCGAUAUCACAACGUAUCGAUAACUAUCAAACUCAAUUAGAAAAUUCGUUAAAUGAAAAAAAAUGUGUGAAUGGUAAAGAUCACACAUCCAAAAAAUUUAAAAAUAUUGCGUUAAAAAAAUUAUCGCAACGUCGUGUUUCUGUUGUUUUUCCUGGAGUCAAACAUGAAAAUAUUAUUAAAGGUUAUGGAAAUAAAAAUUAAAAUUUUAUUCUUGAU